CGUCGAACCGAUUCGUCAGACUGGAACCUGGGUCCACCCCCGGCUGGCGAGCGAGACACCCGAACCUGGGCCCGGCCCGUCACUCUGAAACUGUUCGUGUCACGCGCGACAGGAGCUGAACCCGUCGUUAAUUUAGCUCCGGUUAUUAACAGACCUGCGUCCGGAUCAUCAUCAUCAUCAUGCCUCUCCGGGUUGAGAUGGAGGGUCCCGGGCCCUGGGGGUUCCGGCUGGUCGGCGGCAAAGACUUCGACCAGCCUCUGGCCAUUUCCCGAGUGAACCCCGGCAGUAAAGCGGCGCAGGCCAACCUCUGCACCGGUGACAUCAUCCUGUCAAUCAACGGAGACGCCACAGAGAGCAUGACUCACCUGGAGGCCCAGAACAAGAUCAAGAGCUGCGUGGAGGAGAUGGUUCUGUCCGUGGACAGGUCAGAAUCUAAACUCUGGUCGCCGCUCUCCUCCGAGGAAGGAAAGUCUCAUCCCUACAAGAUGAACCUGGCCUCUGAGCCCCGGGAAGUGAAAAGUAUUGGCUCCUCCCACAACAGGAGCGCCCUGCCGUUCGCCGGGUUUGGACCCGGGCCCAAAGUCGUCACAAACCAGUACAACAACCCGUCUGGACUCUACUCCUCACAGAACAUCCAGAACUUCAACACAGCCGUGGACGAAGUCAAAACUGGAACCGGAACUGGAGCCCCCGCCCCCGAGACCAACAAAGCUCCUUCAGAACCGUCGGCGGCACCGAAGCGACCCCCGAUCGCCGCCGACUCGGAGGUCUACAAGAUGCUCCAGGAGAACCAGGAGUCUGAGGAGCCGCCGCGUCAGUCCGUGUCCUUCAAGGUGCUGCAGGAGAUCCUGGGGACAGGCGACUCUGAGAAACCUUCCGGCUUCAGGAGCGUGAAAGCUCCGACUACGAAGAUCGGAUCAUCGGUGGGAAACACGGACAAGCUGCCCACCUGUGACAAGUGUGGCUCUGGGAUCGUGGGGAUGCUGGUGAAGCUGAGGGACAAGUUCCGUCACCCGGAGUGCUACACGUGCACGGACUGCGACCUGAACCUGAAGCAGAAGGGACACUUCUUCGUGGAGGACCAGAUCUACUGCGAGCAGCACGCUCGAGAGCGGACCACCCCACCCGAGGGCUACGACGUCGUCACCGUCUUCCCAAAGUAGAGCCGCCAGCUACCGGGCCUGGGACUGACCCCGAGACCCAGGACUCAAGACCCAGAGACCCAGGACUCAGGACCUGGUCCUCCAUGUCGUUGAUUUGCACAAAUCUUUUUAAACCUGAUUGGAUUGUUUCUAAGUAUUGGAGCCGCUCCAUGUUUCACAGUUUUUUUUAUAUGCUUCAAAUAAGUUCCCUGAAUAAAAGUUCAUGUUUUUAA